GGCGAGGGCAGUGGGAUUUGAGUUGGAGACGCUGUGAACGUGGACACAGGAUGGUCAUCCUCGGAACCCAAUCCGUCGAUCUCGGUGGUCCGGCCCCGCAAGGUUGGACGCGGCUUGUACGCCACGAAAUGGUCGGUGGAUGGCGAUUGAAGGACGACGAGCUCACUGCUUCCACCGCGGUGAAGGAUCGGGCAGGAGUCCCGCCUGAUGGAGGCGCUGGAUAUCGCUAUCUAGCGCUGUACGCCCGCUUCCCGGAUGAAGGCGUGGGGGACGAAUUGACGUUUCCGAGGAACGCGGAGAUUCGCGAGGCGGAGGAUUUGACCGAUGAGUGGAGUAUAGGCGUUUUUGCUGGGAAGGUGAGGUUGUUUCCGAGGAAUCAUUGUCGGCGGAUUUGAGGUGCUGGCGAGAGGCAGGAGGGACGGUGUGCGUGGAAUGCGCUGGGCUGAUCACGGGCCACAAGCGUACGAUAGAUGCAUGGUGCUUGGGCAUCGGCAGGCUCAUGACGAAGCCAGCGACGACGCACACGAUGAAGACGAUGAUUACGAUGAAGACGAAGACGGCAAACACAACAGAAACGAUGAAGACAAUGAACACGAGAUACAUCUCAUAUGCUCUUUUACGAUAUGCUCACUCACCGC